ACCAGUGAGUCAGCUCAUAUGAGCGCGAGCGCACCGCUGUCUAUGACAUCAUUACCCCAAUCGAGCGUUUUUUAUUCGUGCUUGUAGCCUGAAUGGUUGACGGUUGACUUCAGCGGCGAAAUAUAUAUAUAUAUAUAUAUUUUAACAUUAAAUGAUAACAUCCAAACGGAUAGACAAGUGUCACUGGAAUUCGCUUAAAACAGAACUCGUGUUCUCCAUCGAAAGGUAGCCUGCUCACCUCCAGUGUGUAGAUGAAUUACGAGCAGCCUCCACCGUACACAGGGCAUGGCCCCACGGCUCCAGGAUACCCUGCUCAAGGAUUCCCACCACAAGGAUACCCUGUACAGGGAUACCAAGGAUAUCCAGCCCAGACUGACCAGCCCAACCCUGGUUACCCAAACUACCCUCCUGGACCAUACCCAGUCCAGCCAGGGUAUCAGGGAUACCCUCAACCUCAAUAUGGAGGCCCAGUGUAUGGCGAACCUCCGAAAAAUACAGUGUAUGUGGUGGAGCAGGGGAGACGUGAUGAUUCUGGGGAGCAGGCGUGUCUAACUGCAUGUUGGACUGCUCUGUGUUGCUGCUGUCUCUGGGACAUGUUGACCUAGAAUACCAAUAAUAUGAAACCACUGUGAGCCUUAAUUUGUAACAAUAUUUCACUCCACAUUUCAAUCUUUAUGUAUGACUACUGAAAAAUGUGGUUUUGUUUUAGUGUCAGUAGCUCAUCUUGGAUGAUGGGCAUGAUAUGCACUAAGAGAUAUUUAAAGCUGAUUGCAUUGAUCUUAUUUGUAUAAGAAUAUUAAACCAAGUUUUAAUUUUUUGUCUCAGAAAAUAAUGUGAUCUCUUUAUUAAUGUAUACAGAAAUUCAAAUAUUACUUGAGCAUAGACCAAAUUUGAUAAUAAAAUAUGGCCUUGGACAUUCUAUGAAUGUAGUCUUUAUGAAGUCAUUAAGUCUUAAUGAAAUAUGUGCCAAAACGUCAA